GGAAUAAAUCUGCUUGGUAUGUGCGUCCAGAUGAACUCCGUCCUUUAUAAUCGGUUUUAGGAAAAUUCAAGGAUAAAAAGCGACUGACGUCCACGCGCUUAUAAAAAUCCCAAUGUUUGUGUGCGCGCGCGUGUGUGUGUGUGUAAUGAGACAGGACGCACGCACACACACUAAUCUUACUGUAAUCUCUCAGAGUGUUUGGCUGCUAUAGUCUAACAGUAUUUAUCGGCUAUAUUUUAUUCUUUACUUGAGCUGAAACGUUCAACGAGAGAGAAAGAAAGGAUGAUUAUAACGGGUUAAGUCGAGAGGUUCAACAAUAGAAACAAAAUUACAACAUUAAAGAAACCGAUUCUCAAUGCUUUGUUUUAGGUGACCAUGGGAACACGAGUGACACCCGUCUGAUGUUCAUGAUGGUGUAGCUCCGCCCAUUCUCAAGCAGGAUGUUGGUUUCUUCAGGUAACCAUGGACGAGCUUUGAGUCUGAAGGGUGUGGACCCGGAAACAUGUAUGAUUGUUUUCAAAAAUCACUGGACACAGGUUCUGAGGAUCUUGGAGAAGCAUGACCCAGGUCGUGGCUUUGGUCUGUCAGGCAGCCUGCGAUUCGGCCCGAUCCCCGGGGACGAAGCGAGCGCAGUGCAGAACUACGUCGAGCACAUGCUCUUCCUGCUAAUGGAGGAGGAUUCUGGGCGGAGCGGUGCCAUGGGUCCUAUCCUAGAAUUUGUGGUGGUGGAGAACGUGAUGGAGAAGUUGUUUCUGUGGAGUCUUCGUCGAGAAUUCACAGACGACAUGAAGCUUGAACAGCUGCGCAUGUACGAUAUGCUGGUGGCUCGAGCCAAACAACCUCUGCUUCACCACAAACCCAUCCUAAAACCCCUUAUGAUGCUGCUGUCUGCCUGCUCCAGCUCCUCCUCCGUGGGCUUCACCGCUCCAGUCAAAAGCAACAGCUCCAGGACAGAGCUCACCUGCACCACAGGUGGAGGCGGGGCCUCGGUGGAGGCGGAGCUUGUGUGUCUGCUGCAUCAGUUGUGCUGCGUGCUGGUGAAAGAUACCUCCGUUCUCGAGCUCUUCUUCCACAGCAGUGAGGAUCAAGGAGCCGCAAACUUUCUUUUAUUUUCUCUUCUCAUUCCGUUCAUUCACCGCGGCGGGACGGUCGGCUCUCAGGCCAGAGACGCUCUCACGCUUAUCAUGAGCCUUUCAUCUCAGAACCAACUGGUGGCCAAACACAUCACAGAAAACACAUACUUCUGCCCGGUGUUGGCUACUGGUUUGAGUGGUCUGUAUUCGAGUCUACCAGCUAAACUAGAGGUGUACAGUGACGGCUGGUUCUGUCUGGAGAGAAAUGAUUGGCUGCAGAUUCCAGAACUUUCUCAGUUUCUCAACUCACUCAACUUCUGCAGCACUGUGUGCAAGGUUGCUCAUGCGUCUAUCCGAGAUCAGCUGCUGAAUUACAUCUAUAAUGGGUUUCUGGUGCCUGUCAUGGCUCCGGCUCUUCAUAAGUUGACUCUGGAGGAAGUGAUGACAACAACAGCGUAUCUGGAGUUGUUCUUGAGGAGUAUGUGUGACCCAGCUCUCCUCCAAACCUUCCUCAUCUUCAUCCUCACACAUUGCCAUGACAACGUCAGCAUCCUGGACACGCUGGUCAGUCGAAUCAACACACCUUUUCAGUUGGGUACGGUGUCUCUGGCUCUGUUUCGAACUCUGAUUGGUCUGUAUUGUGAAGAUGUCAUGCUGCAGUUAAUACUCAGAUAUUUGAUUCCCUGCACUCAUCUGAAGUGUGGUGAGAGAGUCAGAUUGAAAGAGAGAGAUUGUUACUCUAUCACUGCAUCUGCGCUGCUCUCUCUCGCCCCUUCAUUCUUCAUUUCUCAACCCUGCUGCUCUCCAUCACAACCUCCAAAACCCGACUACAUCCUCUGGUCAAAGGUCACUGAGGGUCUGCUAAAGGGCAACAUGGGCAUAGAGGAUCUGUUCUCAGGUGGAGAUAGUGUCGGAUGUUCUCGAAUAUUCGCUUCAGAGCCCUUAAUAAACAAGAACUACCUCCAGUAUCUGUAUGAUGCCCGCCGCAUCAUCUGUUCCAGUGUGCAGGCAUGCUGCGUGUGGUCGGCCCCAUAUGACGGACUCAAUCCCUCUCCAGAUGAGUGUCAGGAGGAUGAAGAGGAGAAAGAGGAUGAUGGGAGUCAUCCUGUCACCACGACAUCGCCCAUUCAGACAGCCACACCCCAGCCGCCCUCCGACAGCGGCUUCACCGGCGAGCGUGAGCGGCUCGAGUUGGAGUGGGAUGACACUUACGACGCCGCGCCCGACGGAGACGACAGCCAAGCGAUUUCUGACAAUUUGCAAGUUUUGCCUAUCCCGGACGAGCCCCCGAAACACAUCCAAGAGAUGAGAAAAACGGCCAUCAUGUUGAUUAAAGGAUCGUACAUUGAGGAAUCAGACUUUCAGGAUGAUGUGCUGGUUUAUAAUCUAAUUGCUCAGAAAGAUGCACAAGACGACCGACAAACAUCAAUUAAGGACACGUUACAUCACAACUGUACGAACAACCUACACAACCACCACAUAUUCAACAAUACACACAGCCAUCAUGUCACACAUAAUCCAGUCCAAAGCAAACAGACACACAAUUCUGAACCCAAAGAUUCAGCACACCCCAGAUCACAAACAUCCACAGUUAUUGUGAACGGACACGAUCGUGAAGAACAGAAACAGGAGGAGGAGUCUGAGGAUCUGGACCAAAAUCUUAAUGUCAUUUUAGAUCAGCAUCAGAGCAAAAAUCAGACCUCAGCAGGAGAUAAAGGUGAUGACUUUAUCUCUCAGUGCCUACAGCUCAUUCACCAUCUGGGUGAAGAAGACGAGAUCAUCAUGGAUGAUGAAGAUCACCAGCAGCGGCUGCAGGCUCUGCUGUAUGGAGAAGAGAAGGAUGUAGACUUUGAUUCUUUAUGUGAUAAAGAUGAAGAUGAAGAGCCAAACGCGACCGACACCAGGAAACAACGAAUCCCGUUUAUAGGGCCCUUCAUCAGUGUUUUGCUUGCUCGUCUGGAGAACAUGCUGGAAAACUCCAUCGAGGUGAACCUACUGGUUACUGGGAUAUUAACUCAACUGGCAUCUUACCCACAACCACUACUGCGAGGGUUCUUUCUCAACACUAGACCCGCAUUUCAGCCCAGCAUACGAUCACUUUACCAGGUGCUUGUAUCAGUGGGUUCUCAGAUUGAACAGUACACAGCAUCCAGACCUGAGUUUUCUGAACUGGUCCGUGAAGCCGCCCAGUAUCUGCUGCUCAAAGAUCAGAUCUUACAGGAACGAGAGAGAGACGUCCACCUGCAGGAGAAUGAUGCUGUCUGGUUUCUGAACGGUCAAUUCCCAUCUCAUCUUCAGAAACCUCUUCCUCCGUGUCCUAAAAUCCCCGUACAUCUGCGAAACAAAGUGUUUGCUGUAAUUCUGUUCAAUGAGUUUCUGAAGGAGCUGGCAGCCAUCGCACAAGAGCACUCCAUAUUAAUAAACGACAGAUGAGUAACUCCUACAUCACAUUACAAAAACGUUCAAAAACAAAUGUCUACAUGAUCCUAUAUACAGUGCUGCUUAUCAAAUUUAUUAGACCAUCUGUCAGUUUGUCUCAAAGAUCAUCUGGCAUCAUUAUGUGGACUUUUUCCUUCUUAAUGUUUCAUCAUUUUGUACAGGAGUGAUGAAGGUCAAAUUGAAUUCAUGUUUUUAUUCCCAAAAUUGAGCCGGCACGUAAUCGCCAACAUUGUUCGUGUACAUUGGUUAAGAAGCACUUUACAUUAAGUUUCUCGAGCACUAUAUAUCUCUCUACAUAUCUGAACCUCAAAAUACUGGUAAAGCUGAAUUUAUGGAUUUUUAUGUAAUAUCUCCAAACUGAUCCAAGAUCAGGCUUGUAUAUCACUCCCUAUUGUGGGAUGGUCGAGUUAAACUUACAGUUUUCAUGACAAUCUUUAUAACAGUUUUCUAAAAACGGUGCCCAGUAAACAAUGUGUACAACAAUAUGAAAACGAUCCACUGAUACUGUUAGCCGAUUAUUCGGAAUGAUAUCUGCCGAUACCGAUAGUUUGGUUAUUAUAUUAAUUUGCAUUAACGAAAUUCUGAAGAUUAAAGAUUAUUCCUUCAUAUAAUGACCAUUAAUAUUGAACAUCAAACUGAUGAAUUUUCUUUACAUUUUCUAUACACAGAGCUCAAAUGCAUUGCAUUUUCCUGUUCUCUUUUGAUAAACAGGACAUACAGUAUCAGCGAUGACUAUCGGCUGUUUUUAAACGAUCAAGUUUAAGUCUGUUUUAUUUCAAUUCUGCCACAUGUGAUGCACAUACAGAGAAUUGAAAUUGCGUUACUUUACCAUAGGUGUACAAAGACAACUUUAAAUACUACACGGUAAACAUUAUAACAUUAAACACUAACAGGAGAGUUUUUAAACAAAUUACAAAUAAAUACAGUCAAUAUUUACUGCUAAAAAAGUCAAAAGUUCGAGAUAGAGUGUCAAAAAGUAACAAUAUAAUGGGUAUGGUGCAAAGAGAACAUUUACAGAUUAAAUUUACUUUGCAGUUUUAUCGGCCGAUAGUGUGAAAAAUUGCUUUUUUCGACUGAUACCAAUAAUUAUUUGAUUUAAUGGUUCAUCUCUAGUAUACACUGUAAUAAGUAAAAGUUGGAUCGACUUUACCAAAACUACCAAUUGAAGUAAGUAUUUGUAAGUAAACCAUCUUUUUACAGUGUAGUAUUCAGUAAGUAGUAAGAUUUCACUCCAAUCAUUGCUAUUGUCCAAGUUUAUGGUUUAAGUUAAAAGUCUUAAUAAUAAUAACAGAUCCCAUGCUUUAAUUGUUGUUGAAUUGUAUUUUUUCAUCAUCAGUGUGACUUCUAAGCACUUUAAACCAACAAAAAUAUGUUUAUAUCAGCCUAAUUUUUCUAAAGAUUUAACUGAUAACAUCUGAACUUUUUCGAGGUACACUUAUGUGUUUAUGUUUUAUAAUGCUGCUAUUUUGUAUCAGGUUUAAUAAGAUUGAAAUGAUACCUUUCUAAAUGCACAGAUCAUCAUUAGAACAAUUUUAUUUUAAAAUCAGCUAAGAUCAACUUUAUUAUGGAAGUGAAUUACUGACAAAAUUUAAAGACUGCAAAAUAUUCAGCCCAAUCUCACGGGAAUUCAUAUGUAUUUCAUGAGUUGGCUAAUUCGUAAGAAUUUUUACAAAAUGAAUCGUACAAAAAACGAACCAUAAUAAUAAUGAAACCCCUAAUCUCAACAUCCCAGAUGCAAAAACGUACAAAUGUGGUUGUACGAAUAAUACGAAUUGGCCACCUCAUGAUACAUAGGAAUUGCUAUGCGACUGAGUUGAAAUGUUUCAUAAACUAAGUAUUAUUUUAAUGCAUAUUUGUACAUUUACAUAUUAAUUAAAAUGAUGAAAGGAAAUGUGAUUUUUGUAGUGUCUUUUACCACAUGUGAAGUUUUGUACUCAUGUUUUUAUAGAGCCAAAGUGUGUUUG